AUGGCACGCACCAAGAACACGAGAAGACUUCACCAACCACACCCAGGGACAACUCGGUUGCCACGAGCUCAGUUUGUACCUUUCGCCCCAUUGGCCCCUGAUCUCAGAGAUCCAACAGCUCGGGUACCUACCCGACCCACCAUCCCAGGAGCCAGACGCAGAAUCAUUUCACCCACCCCACUGCCCUCUUUAACUCCGCCACCAAGACCCAUCUCGCCUUUACCACCAACUCCACCCAGACUGCUUUCUACACUGGCCCCAGAUUUACGUCCAGAGUCACCCCCAAUGCCAACAUCACCAGAACCACAACCACGUCGAAGUUUGAAAAAAACACGCCAGACCAAACAAUUCCCAACGAAACAAACAAAGAAGACAAAAAAAGACAGACAGACAGCGGAUCCUUUGACUCGAGGUCGAAAAAGCAAGCAAAUGAAAGAGAUGGUAGAUUUUAUUAAACGUUUAAAACGUCUCAAUCCAGAAAUGGUCUACACGGAAUUGGUGAGAAAUGUGGGUACGGCACGCAUUGGUUUGUUACAGUGGUUUAAACUUGCGGCCAAUCAUCUCCUGAAAGGGAAUAUUCAACAGUUACACGCUCAACACACCAAAUGGGUUGCUAGAAAUAAAGAUGUUUUAAAACAAUUGACUUAA